AUGUUACAGUGGAGCAGUGAGUUGCUGCGGAGCGGGGCAGCAAGAAUCCCUUCUGGACCGGACAAGUGGUCUGAUGCGACUGAGUUAAACUACGACCUCGCACAUACACAUGAGCUGGUCACACCACACUGCCAGGACACUCCAGUCUGUCUGACCAAACACACCGGACUUGAGCUCAUGGAGAGAAAUCAGAGCAAAGUGCCAGAGCAGUCCAUUCCUCAGACUCUUCUUCAGAUUUAUGACUGUCCCCGUGUGGUGGCAGAAUGGUAUGAAGUUGGUUUUGCUCUAACGCCUUUUGAAGGAAUGAAAAAGGAAGUCCUUUUUAUUUUCAUAGCACUGGAACUCCCAUGUGCCUGGUGA